AUUUGGAUCCCUGAAAAGAUGCUUAAUUCAACGCUAAACUCUGAAGCUUGAAGCUCAACACGAGAGUUCAAUUCAAUUCAAUUUCAAUUCAGCCAAUUGAUUUUCCUCACUUAACUGCUACCCAAUCACUACUUACCAUACUACCCUUCCUCAACAUGGGAAUCUCUCAAAGACACCAACUUUCUAUUCAUUUCCUCCAAAUUCAAUUACCCUUUUGACCGAUAAUUCUAAAGUUCGUGUCUUAUUACUCUGUUCAUUCUUUCACCUUGUGUUCGUUCAUUUCUCUGUGAGGGUUUUCUGAGAACAGAAGAUGCAACUUGAUCUGGAAUCCCUGUCUGAAGCUACUUCCGGGGCCAUUGGAUCCCUUGUCAGCACUACAGUGUUGUACCCACUUGAUACUUGCAAGACCAAAUAUCAAGCUGAAGUUCAAGCUCACCAUCAACGAAAAUACAGGAGAAUUUCUGAUGUUUUAUGGGAAGCAAUUUCUAAACGUCAGGUGCUUUCAUUGUAUCAAGGUCUUGGGACAAAAAAUGUCCAAUCCUUCAUUUCGUCGUUUAUUUAUUUCUAUGGAUACAGUUACUUUAAGAAACUGUAUUUGAAAAAAACUGGAAACAAGAACAUUGGAACAGCAGCAAACUUGAUUGCUGCUACUGCUUCUGGAGUCUGUACAAUACUAAUAACACAGCCCUUAGAUACAGCAUCCUCAAGGAUGCAGACAAGUGAAUUUGGAAAAUCCAAAGGACUCUGGAAGACCUUAUCAGAGGGUACCUGGAGUGAGGCAUUUGAUGGUCUUGCCAUAUCUAUUCUUUUAACAACAAACCCAUCUAUCCAGUAUACUGCAUUCGAUCAGCUGAAACACCGGCUACUAAAAGGCAAGAUGAGCAAGAGAACUGAUGCAAAGUCAUCCCCGGAGUCACUUUCUGCAUUUAACGCUUUCAUGCUGGGUGCAGUUUCAAAAUGUGCAGCUACAUGCUUGACAUACCCGGCUAUCAGGUGUAAAGUCAUGAUUCAGGCUGCUGAUUCAGAUGAUAGGAAGAUUUCAGAAGCUGAGAAGAAGGCGCAGAAGACAAUCUCUGGAGCACUCUAUACUAUUUGGAAAAGAGAAGGCCUCCUGGGAUUUUUCAAUGGAUUGCAGGCACAGAUAUUGAAAACUGUUCUCAGCUCUGCAUUACUUCUUAUGGUAAAGGAAAAGAUCACAAAGUCGACGUGGAUUCUGAUGCUCAUG